AUGGAGGUUGCCCCGCUUGCGAAGGGUCUGGCUGGGGCUGGCCCUGUGGAGGAGGAGGAAGAGGUUGUUGGGUUGGCUGGGGCUGCAUCUGGGGGUGCAGGUGCUGGGCAGCAGGAUGGGGCUGUCCAGGAUGCGAGUCUGCAACUCCGCCUUGGUCGUCCUCCUCGUCGUUGGCAGGCUCCUCCGGGGCGUUCAAACACGCCUGAAUCAGGUUCUUUCCCUCGGGCUUGGUCACCAGCGGCUGCAACUUGGGAGUCGUGA